AUUGCAGACAGGGUCAGUGCCAAAGUUAAAAGACCCUUCCAGGCCUUGAGACUUCAGCCCCCAGCCCUGCCCUGUGUCUCCUUAGGAAGACAGAAGGAACUGUGCUGUCAAAGGGGUGUCACAAUGCCCCAGCCCACGCAAAUUCUCCCCACCUGGGCACUCCCAGUACCUCCCAAGAGUCCCCGGGAGCUCCGGAGCCCCUGACCACCAGAAGUUCCAUCUCACCAACAAGAAAGGCCCUGGUCAAGGAUGUCCCAGGACUCAAAGAAACCCUCAGCACCCAGCCAGGAGCCGAAGACACCGUCGGGCAAAAAGCUGAAGUUUCCACGCCCUCCCCUGUCCCAGUCGUGGAAGCGGGACCGUGAGCAGACCCUGGUGGCGGCCUACGUGCCGGUGGUGGUAGACCCGAAGGGGCAGAGCCUGGACAAGCUUAGGUUCAAGUUCUACACCUCCCAGUACUCCAACUCCCUGAACCCCUUCUACACCCGGCAGAAGCCUACCUGUGGCUACCUGUACCAGAGGGACAUGGACCACACCCGCAAACGCUUUGACGUGCCUCCUGCCAACCUGGUCUUGUGGCGCUCCUAGGCCCCUGCCAGUCAGGAGAUGCCACCUGCACCCUCCCCCGCCACAAUCCUGGGUCCAGGAGGGGAGGGGCACUUGCUCCAGGAGGAGCAGACCAUGCCCGGCCUGAGACAGCUGUGCUGCGCCCAGUGGCAAAGGGAGGUCUCUGUCCUCGGCAGCAAUUAAAGUUUGUCCUUCCUUUCCUUGCCAUCUGAA